UUGGUGCCCGUAUACGUUACGUUAGCGUAGCAUAGCAGGAUACCUCCGUGUGUAGGCUUCAUGUUGCUGAGCCUUCUGUUUUCGUACUUGUUAGUUUCGGUGACAAUGUUAACGUACUGUAUUAUUGCUUGGACUUGGGGUCCCUUAUUGCUUGCCCUGUUCACAACUUGAUAUGUGCAUGUCAUUUCAGAGUACAUUCAGAGAGCUAGCAUGCUGUCAAAACUUUGACACUGUGACUCCUAGCUAAUGCGCCGUAAGUAAGCACAAGUAUCUAGAUUGGCACUAUUUUGUAACACUACUCACGUACUUUGUCUGGACGGGGAGCUCAAAUAUUAGCUGCUGCGUAUACUACUCACCUCCGUAUGGGUAGGAGUCCCAGGCUCCCAGCCGCUGCUGGUGCACAGAUAUUAGCUGCUGCGUGUACUACUCAUCUCCGUCCGGGUUUGUUAGGGUAUAAUAUUUUGAGUCAAACUUUGACCAUUUCAUAUGAACAAUAAAAUAUAGAAUAUAUGCUGUAAAAAGUACGUAAACUAAUAUAAAAGCAUUUAGAUCAUUAUAAACUAAUAUAAGAGCAUUUAGAUCACUAAAAUAGAGAUCUAAAUGCUUUUAUUUUAGUUUACGGAGUACAUAGCUUUCCGUGGAUAUAAUUUGUGUGCCAUAUGUUUUACAUUGUACUACUAUUCAUCUAGGCUUGACUGCGCCAAGUCCAAGGCAACAAAUUUUAGAGAAAGCUCAACUUAAAAUCGUAAACAUAAUAAAUCUAAGCUCAUUUGCACGGCUCAUGUGUCCUAGCUUUCUGCGGCCGCAAUGUGCGAAUUGCUUUACCAUGAUUAUAUGGCUAAUACGUCUCGUGUGGGAUCAUCUACUCUGUAUUCUUGUGUGCAUAGGCCUACUACCCAACGGCAACUUCAAGGACGGGCCAGCCAAGUCCCAGCUGAACGGCACGGUGGUGAUGGGGCGCCACUCCAUACCCAACUGGGAGAUCUCGGGGUUCGUCGAGUACAUCCAGUCGGGGCACCAGCAGGGAGGCAUGGUGGUGGCGGUGCCGGAGGGCGCCAGCGCCGUGCGCCUGGGCAACGACGCGUCGAUCCGGCAGAACAUCAGAGUCACGCGGCGUGCCUACUACUCCAUCACCUUCAGCGCGGCGCGCACCUGCGCCCAAGCCGAGAAGCUCAACGUGUCCGUCGCCGCGGAUUCCGGCGUGCUCCCUGUCCAGACCGUGUACAGCAGCGGCGGCUGGGAUUCCUACUCAUGGGCCUUCAGGGCCAAGCAUAGCGCCGUGUGGCUCGCCAUCCACAACCCCGGCGCCGAGGAGGACCCGGCGUGCGGCCCCGUCAUCGACGCCAUCGCCAUCAAGACCCUCCAACCUCCCACGAAAUCCAAAGGUAAUAUGCUGAGGAAUGGCGACUUUGAGGAUGGGCCGUACAUCUUCCCGGACUGCCCGUGGGGGGUUCUGGUGCCGCCGAUGGACGAGGACAGCUGCUCGCCGUUGCCGGGAUGGAUGAUCAUGUCGAGCACCAAGGUGGUCAAAUACGUGGACGCGCCGAGGUACAGGGUGCCGCACGGCGCCCGGGCCGUCGAGCUGGUGGCCGGAAGGGAGGCCGCGCUGGUGCAGGAGGUGGCGACCGUGGCCGGGAGAUCGUACAGGCUGCAGUUCUACGUCGGGGACGCGGCCAACGGGUGCAAGGAGUCCAUGGUCGUGGAGGCCUAUGUGGCGGCGGCGAGCCUGAAAGUCCAGUACCAGUCCCAGGGCACGGGAGGGUACAGGCGCGCCAUGCUCGAUUUCGUGGCGGUUGGGAACCUCACGCGUGUGGUGUUCCAGAGCCUUCACUACCACAUGAAGGUCGACGGCACGCUCUGCGGGCCGGUCGUGGAUGACAUCUCUCUCGUCAGCGUGCGCAAGCGCGCGGCUCGCCGACUGUUAAUGUGAACUCGAUUAGUCGAUGUACUAGUACGAUGCAGAGGCCGGGGUUGUCCUCCUUUAAAAGAAAACGGUACGAGGCUACCAUUCGAAUUUUCCAUAACUUUAAUUUUCUUCGAAUUUCCCAAUUGAAAUUAACAGAACAA